CGGCCCGUACGUGGCAGCGGCGCGGCGGCGCCCAAUGAGCGUCGGCCCCGUGCCCCCGGAAGCGGCGUGGCUCGCGACCGGAAGCGCCGUCCCCUCUUCCUGCCGCCCCGCCGCUGGGCUCCGCCAUGUCGGCGCUGCGGGCGGUGCUGGCGCUGCUGGCCGCGCUGGGCGCCCCAGCCGCCGCCUACUUCGUCAGCAUCGACGCGCACGCCGAGGAGUGCUUCCUGGAGCGGGUGCCGUCCGGCACCAAGAUGGGGCUCAUCUUCGAGGUGGCGGAGGGCGGCUUCCUCGACAUCGACGUGGAGAUUACAGGGCCUGAUAAUAAAGGGAUUUAUAAAGGCGAUCGAGAGUCCAGUGGAAAAUACACAUUUGCUGCCCACAUGGAUGGAACUUACAAGUUUUGCUUUAGUAACAGAAUGUCCACUAUGACUCCCAAGAUAGUGAUGUUCACAAUUGAUAUCGGGGAAGCUCCAAAAGGGCAAGAUAUGGAGACAGAAGCUCAUCAGAACAAGCUAGAAGAGAUGAUUAACGAGUUAGCAGUGGCCAUGACAGCCGUAAAGCAUGAACAGGAGUACAUGGAAGUUCGUGAGAGAAUACAUAGAGCAAUUAAUGACAACACAAACAGCAGAGUGGUCCUCUGGUCAUUCUUUGAAGCUCUUGUACUAGUUGCCAUGACACUGGGACAAAUCUACUAUCUGAAGAGGUUUUUUGAAGUCCGAAGAGUUGUUUAAGAGUACUGUUCCUGGUCCUGGAUUUCAGUUCACUAUCUACCAACCAUCCUGGUCACAAAAAAAAGUCAUUUAGUUUCUAAACCCUCUUUACUGAACUGUAAAACUUAUGUUCCUUCCUAGUUAAAAAUGAAUUGUUUUUAUAUAUCUUCUGUAGCAAAAGCUAUGCUGAAAUCUCAUCACUUGAUUGGCAUAUUUUUUUUCACUUCAGUCUGCCUAGUCUGUAUGCUAAGCGAGGUCCAAGCAAGCUGCAAAUGCUGUAACUCAACUGUAGUAACAAGCAAUGUCGGUGUCUUUUCUAACUUUCUGUUUUCAUAAGUACUUGCAGUUCUGUCUAGGGAAAAAAACGGUACAAGGCCCUAAUGUGACUUGCAUUUUUCACGUCUUUAACCCUGCAGUAGGUGUUAUGAAAUUGAAAGAGUCCCUUCUUCACGUGUAGAAACUGCCAAGGAGGAGCGAUUGGAACUUUAUUCUGAGGAACUUUAUUCUGAUAAUGAAUGGAAGACAGCUGACAACUUCCACUCUAGUAUGUAUACCUGGUUAAAAUUGGAAAGGAAGUCUUUAGUAACUGUCCCAAGUACUCCAACUUAUUUCUGAAGCUUUUUAAUUCAGUAGUCGAUAUCAAGAUACGUUCUCUCCUCUACCGAGUGUUCACCAUAUGGUUUUUAGUCUCUCACCGGUUUUAUAUCAAAGCCAAUCGUGCAGUGUCUUGGCAAACAGUAGUUGGCCCUUUGGUUUUUGCAGCUCCAAAGCUCAGACUGUUGGUGCUAUUGCAGAAUGCAGUAGUGUUCAGGAAAUCUGGAUUCCAGAUGCCAAAGGGUUAAUGAUUCUGGGGGUUUAUUGCGAUGCUAUGCAGCCCUUGUAUUUAAGUUCAGUGGCAGCCUCUGCCAUUAUCUGGUCAUAAUUAGCAUAAUGCUAAGUACUGGUGUGUUUUCUUUUCCAGGCACAUGUAGAUUUGUUUUUGUAUAAAGUUACUUUCCUUGGUAUCUGAUGAUCGGUUUAAAAUUAAAGCAGCGUCUGGUGUGGGUGCUGAGCCAGGAUUAUGUUGUGACUGAUGUACAUUAGUUGUAAUCAUUUUUGGGGUGGGGGGGGGGACCUUUUCCAGGGGGGAGCCUCUACAAGUUACACACAACAGUUUUGUACAAUUAAUUUAAAAUUUGUUACAGGUUUUCAUGUUCCAGGUAAAGAUUUUUCAACCUCGGGCAAACACUUGCAGCAGUUCUUCAGCAAGGUGGCUGUUACACCUUAUUGCAACUGUUGUGUGCCAAUAUUUUUGUGUAAAACACUCAAAUUGAAUUCUAAGAUGUACAUUUAAAAUUGCUUGUGAAUCUACAUAUGACCCAGGUUCGAUAAAAUAAACAAAUUCUUUAAAAAAAAGAAAAAGAAA